AAAUUUUUUUGAAAAAUUCCGAUAAGAACCUCUCAAACAGAGGGUGCUCAUCAUGCACAGAGUGGCCAUCUUCGAUGAUAGAUAGUGCUGGGUAGCAGUCAUUGAAAAGGGUACAUCGGAUCUUCUGGAACUGAGUGACUCGCGAUAUCAUUUUGAUAACAAUGCCCGGUAUCAGUCACCAUAGUUUAUUCAAACAAAACAAAGGUAUUCACUAAAGUUAGCGCUGCAUAGAUAGAUUGGUUUUUGAAAUCAUUUAUAAAAAUGAAGUGAAACUACCAAAAUGAUUGCUCGUAUCAAGCACAUAUUGGUGUAUCUUUUCCUAGUUUUUAUAUUCGCUCUCGGUCUGUUUUGCUAUGGCUUUUUUCCUCUAUCCUUCUCACCUGCCACCAAAUCGAGCAUUCAUGAACUCCCGGGAUCGUUGGACAGUGUGAGGCUCAACGCAUCUUCAUAUAAGCCACGUAACUCUCGGGCUGUGCUGAUGGUAAUAGAUGCCCUUCGAACGGAUUUCGUAUCACAAAAGAGCAACGUGCCAUUUUUGAAUCAGUUAAUCGAUGAUGGCCGAGCUUGUCAGUAUCAGCUACAGGUUCACCCACCAACUGUUACGAUGCCCCGGAUAAAGGCGAUGACAUCGGGAGCCAUUCCAAGCUUCCUGGAUGUAAUACUGAAUCUGGGAAGCCCACAGGUCACGCUAGACACUUUUUUGUAUCAAAUGGAUCAAUUGCAACGACGUAUCGUGUUUUACGGCGAUAAUACGUGGACUAACAUGUUCCCCGAUGUAUUCUCCCGCAAAGGUGAAAAUGUGGAUUCAUUGUAUGUUAACGACUUUUACGAGGGCGACAAUAAUAUCACCACGAAGAUGCGAACUGAAUUCGGAAAGUUCGAUUGGAAGCUGAUGAUUCUUCACUACCUGGGCCUGGACCACAUCGGCCACGUUGAAGGGCCGUUUAGUGAGAAGGUACCGGGAAAGCUACUGGAAAUGGACAGUGUCAUCGAAGAGAUUUAUGAGGCUAUGAAAGUAUGGGUUAGCAUGAUUAGUAAGGACGAAAAAUAUAAUUCCAAGUCUGUACUGGUAAUAACCGGCGAUCACGGCAUGCGUGAUUCAGGGGGCCAUGGAGGAUCAACGUACCCAGAAACACAUGUACCGCUCAUAGUGGUUGGUAACGAUUGUUCUAAAAGUGAAGAAGAUUUUCUGCAAAUCGAUGUGGCCCCCACUUUUGCCGUACUGAUGGGAGUUCCCAUACCAUACUCAUCCAUUGGAUCGCUUAUCAUUCCCAUUCUAAAUCACGUACCGCCAGCAGACAGGCUCUAUGCAAGCUAUUACAAUACUAAAAGGUUAAUUGAGAAAUCGAAAGCCUUCUAUGGAGAUCUGCUCAACGACCAAGAAUUUUUUCUUCAAUUCAGAGAAGCAAAAUUAUUGCAUUCAAUGUAUCUGGAGUACCAGGAUGAUUUAACAAUACUACAAAAAGCAAUAGGAAAAUACGACUCUGCCAGCCGGAACUUGUCGAGACUUUUGAUUCAGCACUAUAUUCGUUACGAUAUUCCAAGUAUAGUGAUUGGCACCAUGUUGAGCGUGCUGACUACCCUCUUGGCUACAUUGCUAUGUAUGAUUCCAUAUGGAAGAGAACUAAUAGAAUUUCACCCUAGAUUGAACAGGUGGAUGCUUUUGAUGGCUAUCGCAAUUUUGGGAAAAAACUAUCUGAACACAUUCGUUGGGCUAGAAUCUAAUAUUUUGCGAAACACAUUCACUAGUCACGUUCUAUUUGUGGUCAUAUUCACAAUUAUAGUGAUCCAUUGGAGUCUUUUAGAUGUUUUUUUCCAACUAGUGUGUAAAGAUAAAGUUGCAGAGCUCUGGAGUUCACCCGGACUUCUACUCCUAUUCGGCUGCAUUUUCCACACCUUAUCACUGUCCAGCAGUUCCUUCAUCGAAGAAGAACACCAAACAUGGUAUUACUUUAAUAAUUCGUGGUUCCUUUUAAUCACACUGAUCGAAAUCAGGCUAAUGAAUUGCACAAUCAUACAUUUUGAAAAUGAAGGAAGCAACGAGGUGCUUUUAUCGCACUAUACACGAAAACGAGGUGAACUUUGCGUUAGUGCCGGUCUGUUCUUCAUAGGACACAUCAUACUUCGGCGGUGGAACCAAACGGGCGAUAAGUGGCAGCACAUACCCGACAUUGGAGAUUGGUUCGGAAAGGUGGAGAACAAGCCAUGGUUGAGUUUGAUAUUGUUUUUGGGAUUGUGUUAUCUUAUGUUUUCCAUCUUACAAUUUUGUGGAUUUCUUACUGGCAUUCUGAGUAUGACUGCAUGCUUGCUAAUAUACUACUACAGAUCUAUGACCGGUACAGUUAGUCUUUGGAAUAUCGUCCCGCCAAAGAUAAAUAGCUGCAUCAAUAUUUUCUGGAUAAAUCUUCUAGAAAUAUUUCUAAUAGCUUUCCUUCCCAAAGUGUAUCGAGCAGUAAUGCGUAGAUCAGAACGCAAAUCCAAUCAAGUGCUAGUCAGCGUCUUGUGUUGCACCGCACUGACUUCAGCGCUGAUUCACAAGCCACACAAUGUUGUUCUAGUCGGAGCAAUUAUGUCCUCUAGUCGAUAUGUGGCUAAAAGAAUAGAUCGUAUAUCGGAGAGCAAAGCGGAAAAUUUACUUCUCAAAAUUGUGACACACGUUUGGUUGGGAAAACUGUUUUAUUUCUAUCAGGGUAAUUCCAACAAUUUGGCAACAGUUGAUCUCAACGCAGGAUAUGUGGGACUGAGCAGUUUCAAUUUUGUGCGAGUGGGAUUGUUUCUUACUUUGAACACAUUCAACGGGCAAAUUAUCAGCUUCCUAAUGCUUGUUUAUCAUUUAGCUAGUGGUGUCAAACGAAAGCCUAUAAUCAUGUCAACGCCAAUCGAACGAAGAGGUCCAAUUGUAAAGCAACAUCUACUAAAGCUUUUGGGGUUGUUAUAUAUGGCGCCGUUAACGUUCUACAUCAUUGUAGUUGCGGUGAUGCGGAACCACAUUUUCGUUUGGACUGUGUUCUCACCAAAAAUCAUUUACGACUGUUUCUACACUGUGAUGGUUAUAGUUCAAUUUUUAGUAAUCAAUUGUAUGUUUAAAUAAGUCGGAUGAUAAAGGUGUUCGGAUAGAUACAACAAAACGAGAAAUCAACCAGUAUUCCUUUAAAUAAUUUGUCGGUUUAAUAAGAAUAAACAUUUUGUUACAUACUUAA